AUCUCUAGCUACGCCUUCCUCUAAGCCCCGGGAGCCCAGGAGAGCGCUCAUUUUAGGAUUUGGGAGAGGGGUAAAAAGAGGAAAGGCGGCCCCCGCUCUGCGCUGGCCUUGCUGCCCCGGGGAGGGAGGACUCUGGCCCGCGCCCCCCUCCUGGAGGGCGGCCCUGGGAGCCGGGGAGCGCGCGGAGCGGGCGGCGCAGGGAGCUGUCCGGUUCAGCACCACCCGUAAUGCAGUAGGUGGGAGCGCCUCCGCGGGGGCCCAGCCGGCAGCGAGUGGGGGGCAGGCGCGCGGCCCACCCUGCAGCAAGACGCCGGCUCCCUCGUUUCCAGGAGCUUUGCAGAUAGCGGGAGGGAAACCCGCCUCGAUUCUCCGGGAGAAACCCCCUCUCUCCCCCACUUCGCCAACACUACCCCCGCCACCAACAACAAUAAGCGCCACCGCCGCUCGUCCUGCCGCCGCCGCCGCCGCCGCCGCGCCUGCCCGCCCUGCCGCCGCCGCCGCCGCCGCUGCCCGGGCAAAACCAUGGAAAGCGAGACCCCCGCACCUGUGCAGCUGAGCUCAAGGGCUUACAGAAUACUGGGAAGUCUGGUCUGAAACGAAAGCGCCGAGACCCCCCAAGGAAGAGAACUGGCGAAGCAAAGGAUUUUCAUGGCGCAGGCCGCAGAGCCGAGAACGAAGACCGAAGGUUGCAUCUCGGCUCUUACAAUCUCUAACUGUCUAGGUCCCGACCAUGAGAAAUGGUGUUGAGAAUUCGGCUGUUCCCUGGUUCACUGUGGAAGCCAUCUCCAAAUUAGCUAUCACAUAUGGAAACUGGAGACCAGAAUUUUAGAAAAAGAGAUUAAGGCAUCUCACUUGGGGGGGUGGGGGGUGUCUUUUUAUUUUUUUCUUUUUUUUUUUUUUAAAAAAACACUGCAACUGGAACAGUUUCUGAUCUCAAAAGGCAAGCCUCUUCCCGUGUGAUCUUUAUAAUUUACACUCUUUUCCGUGAGCUUUCUUACCUCCCUUUUUUUAUAACUCUCCAUAUUCUCUAUUCAUACAUAUAUCCAUUAUAUUAGUAGUGGAAUAAUUUUUAUUUUUAUUUAUUUUUUUUUUUUUUGGCUUUAGUACUUGCACCCUCACACACACUCUCCCGAGAACCAGAAGUCGGUUGGGUGUUUAUAUAAUGAAGAAUUAUGGGGCUGUUUGAUCGAGGUGUUCAAAUGCUUUUAACCACCGUUGGUGCUUUCGCUGCCUUCAGCCUGAUGACCAUAGCUGUGGGAACCGACUAUUGGCUCUACUCCAGAGGGGUUUGCAAGACCAAAAGUGUCAGUGAGAAUGAAACCAGCAAAAAGAACGAGGAAGUUAUGACCCAUUCCGGAUUAUGGAGAACCUGCUGCCUAGAAGGGAAUUUCAAAGGUCUGUGCAAGCAAAUCGAUCACUUCCCAGAGGAUGCAGAUUACGAAGCUGACACAGCAGAAUAUUUCCUCCGGGCCGUGAGGGCCUCAAGCAUUUUCCCGAUCCUGAGUGUGAUUCUGCUUUUCAUGGGUGGCCUCUGCAUCGCAGCCAGCGAGUUCUACAAAACUCGACACAACAUCAUCCUGAGUGCCGGCAUCUUCUUCGUGUCUGCAGGUCUCAGUAACAUCAUUGGCAUCAUAGUGUACAUAUCUGCCAAUGCCGGAGACCCCUCCAAGAGCGACUCCAAAAAGAAUAGUUACUCAUACGGCUGGUCCUUCUACUUCGGGGCCCUGUCCUUCAUCAUCGCCGAGAUGGUCGGGGUGCUGGCGGUGCACAUGUUUAUCGACCGGCACAAACAGCUGCGGGCCACGGCCCGCGCCACGGACUACCUCCAGGCCUCUGCCAUCACCCGCAUCCCCAGCUACCGCUACCGCUACCAGCGCCGCAGCCGCUCCAGCUCGCGCUCCACGGAGCCCUCACACUCCAGGGACGCCUCCCCCGUGGGUAUCAAGGGCUUCAACACCCUGCCGUCCACGGAGAUCUCCAUGUACACGCUCAGCAGGGAUCCCCUGAAGGCCGCCACCACGCCCACCGCCACCUACAACUCCGACAGGGAUAACAGCUUCCUCCAGGUUCACAACUGUAUCCAGAAGGAGAACAAGGACUCUCUCCACUCCAACACAGCCAACCGCCGGACCACCCCCGUAUGAAAACCGCGGGGCCUCGCCAGCGCCGGGGCCGAGCCGGGAGGAGGGCGCGGUCCCCGGGGGCGGGGCGGGGUGGGGCGGGGGCACCCAGACCAUCCGCGGGGAGACCUCCCAAAAGCGAAAAAAAAAAAAAAAAAAAAAAAAACCACACACACACACACACCACAAAAAAAGAGAAAAACAUAACAAGUAAAUUUUAAAAAAAAGAACAAAAUAUAAGAGGAACAAAGCAGCAAAACAACAGGAAAUGUGGGAAAACAUAAACGAAGGAAGAAAAACAAACUCUAAAAAAAAGCGAGAGGGAUAAAAAAUUAAAAAUAGAAAAUAAAUCUAAAAGAAAAUGCAUGAUUUCCCAUGUACCAUUAUUUUAACAUUUAAUAAAAAUCAAUUUAAAUGAAAAAAUAAAAGGGAACCAAGAUAACAUUAAAGCAAAAAAAAAAAAAUGUGAACAGAAAGGAAAGGGGAUGUCCUUUGUAUUUUUCAGGGUUUAUGUUACUUUUUUUUUUUUUUUUUUUAACGCCGGGAGAGUUAUUUUUCUGUUCCCUUUAACCCCCAGCGGGCCCUGCCUCCCUGGGAGAGUGGGGGGCGAGACUCAGGGGCCCUGGGGCCAGGUGAGCCUGCAGUCACUGCCAGGUCCCUGGAGCCCCUGGGUGGGUGCCCCAGGAAUGCGGGGAAGGCUCAGGGCUCCAGCCGGCUCCGCCCAGCAUUGAUGGGGCAAUUGUAGGCCUCCAGGUGACCGAGCCCUUGUCCCUCCUCUCCGUUAGGGUGCCUGGAGGGGGGUACACUUGGGGCUUGCCUGGCCCCAGGUUCCCAGUCCUUAAUGGUCCUUAACCCACUGUGAUGACUUCCUAGGCCUUGAGGAAGGGGAAGGAGAGGGGAGGUUGCCGGUGGCUUACCAAGAUGCUGGAAACCCUGGGGUCCUCAGGGUGAGCCUCUUGGGGUCAUGUCCCCAAGCUCCUGUCCUUGGGGUCAGGAGACGCCCAACCCCCGGGGGACGUGAAACAGCUCUCCCUCCUCACCCCUCACCUCAGGGCCGCCUGAUGACCCUGGGGUGAUGGUGGACCCCCAGACUCAUAAGCCCCCCAGUUCCCUGGGAAGGGGGUUCAUUGACCCUUUGGGGGUCCUUGGACUCACUGAUGCCCUCUUGGGGCCCAGCGGGUUCAACAA